UUGCGUGGCAUGUUUACGACGUUCUGAUAAGGGUUAUCUCAAUCAGUGUAGCACGUGAUCGUAAAUAUGUACAUGUAUGUAUGAGAAGGACGCGACCAGGAAGUAAACAGUCGAUCUGGACGUAAACAACAAUGACGAGGACUCAUAGACGUAAACAACCAUGACGAGGACUCCUGGAUUUAACAACCGUAUGAAGACUUCUGCAUGAUAAGUAAAAGUAUUCAAAAUGACAGAGUCGAAAACAUUGAUGGACAGUAAGCGUACAGCUGCGAUAAAAAGAAAUCUUUCAGAAGUCGCAAAUACCUUACACAAGCACGUGGUAAGGAUUGGUGGGGAUCCUCCAUCCCCACAAAACGAAACUGGUAACCUUGGAGAUUCUGGAAGUGACCUUGAUCAAAUUGAGCAGCUAUGCAGUAGCGUUAUGACACUGUGCACCUUUGUUGAGAGUGUGUCCACAUCACAACAUGACAGAAUGAAAAAAGAACGUUUAGAGUUGUUGAAAAUUAACAUGGAGCGCACACAAGAGAUUGCAGAUUUAGAUCAGAUCAUAAAUGGUGACCCCAAAAAAGAACAUGCUCACGAAACAAUAAAAAGGUUGAGAAAAAGGUGUGAUGAUUUACAAAAGACUUCGACAAAGGAAAUUGAAAGAUUAACAAAUUCUCUAGCGAAGGUUACUGCUGAAAAAGACUAUUGGAUUAACAGAAUGAGCAGCAUGGCUGGCAAGAAAUUGAGAGACAAUAACCCAGAGGUGAUUGAUCUGAGUGACCCCAACCGACCCCUAAAGCUGGCGGAUAAGUUCUCCGAGCUGUACGAUAAUCAAUGGACUAGCGCCUCAGAACAUUUACAUACCACUUGCCAAAUGUCAGAAGAAACGGCCAUACAACAUCUCUCUUCGUUAACAAAGGAGUGUUACAGCUCUUGCUAUGAGAAGGCCAGACGACAGCUACAGUAUCUUCAUAAGAUAGUCUUGACUGGGACUUGGGAAGAUGACAUCGAGGCUUGUGAUUCAAAACCAGACAGUGAUAAGGCACCUCCUGUACCUCAGAAAAGCUCUUCUGCCGCAGGAAUGAAGACGUUGAAAGAUACAAGAAACGAAUUUGCUCAUAUAGCAAAAGAGCGUGUUAUCAAGGAUCUGCUUCCCGUCCUGAUCAAGUCAAGUGGUUCUGAACUUGAGGUGACCAGCAUGACGCAGUACCUCUCGGAGUGUAUUUCCCUGUGUUGGAGUAUGGUGGUACAGGACCCUCCUAUUGUGCUCCACUGGCCACUUAAGCAAGGAAGUGAUAUAAACAGGGACAUGUUUAAUCAGUACACAAAAACGGGAACGAAACUGAACUAUGAAGUGUGGCCUGCUCUUCUCUUACACACCAAUGGCCCAAUUCUCAGAAAAGGGGUAGUUCAACCGUUAUAAUGUUAAAUCCGUCCGCAUGUAUCAACCGUUGAUGGAGUGAAACACAAGAUUGCCUCCUUGAAUAUUACAAUGAAAACGCUUUACUAAUUAAUGUUUAAUAAAACGUGUAUUUUAUUCGUUAAAACUUUCUUAUAUAGAAACAUGUAGUCCGGACCUAAUUAAGGAUCCCCGUACCGCUGCCAAAAACUGUAACUACACACUGGAAACGGUUUUUGCCGGCAUGACAAUACUUAUGAUAAACCAUUUUGGAAAAGAAAUCCAAACAAUGUGCCGUUGUGGGAUUUGUAAGAAAAAUAACAUGGAUAAAAUGAACAAAAUAUGGUUAACAAUAGUGUUGCGAGUGUAACAACAGCAGCGGGGAUAGAUUGCGAUUCGAACCCUGGAUUUAAGAUUGUUAUGUUAUCCCUCUUACCGAUUGAGCUACCUGGGCAACGGAACUGUUUUGGUCCAACUGUGCUAGAGUUAUUUCCAGACGGAAAUCAUUGGGACGUUACUGUAUGUACGAAAUAAGUCAGAGCAAUAUGACAGAUAUCCUUAAUACGUGUGUUCCUGUCAAUAUGGAGAUGUCCGGAGUCACAAAGGAUGUGGAGAAACGUACUUAUAAGAAACAAUCACCUAAGUUACAAAUUCAUAUGAAGGAUUUGAUUUUGUUGGAUAGCAUGCCCUAUUAACAGGUUAGGUAAUUAAAGGACGUGCCUCCAUUUUUGUAAUGUAUGUAUGUGUGUAAGUAUGCUGAAAGCAGUAUGAUGGUGCACUUGGUAUGUCAUGCUUCCAUGUCAUAAGUAUGGUAUUACACACGUAUGAUUACACCUAAAGGUACUGCGAUUGGUCAAACCUUGAGGACAUAUGCCUACCGCACCACAGGUACUACUUUUAUUAACUUAACCACAUGAUACAUUUACUGUUAUUCUAAACAAUUUGACCUAUAUAGAGUGAGCUGGUAGCACAAUACUGUUUUUGAUUUUUUUUUUCAAAUUAUGAAUGUAAUGUGACAAAUAUAAUCUUACGUGGGUCGUAAUGACAUAUUGAUUUUAUAAAACUCGUUUAAUAUAAUAUGUUAGGUGAAGGUCAAUGCAAUCUACCAAUAAGUAUUGUAAUGUAAAUGGUUCGUGACAUGCAUUGAGCAUUGAGACUGGUCUUCGCUUUUCAAUAAUAAAGAAUAUGUAAAGUAUGAAAGACCGAUCCAGAGAAACGGGCGGAGGGGGUAACAUUAUUUUUUAUAUUUAUUUACUGACCCAUGACCUUCGUUGAAUUUGUUUCCCCUAGAAACUACUUCGAGAGACUUUGUUUUGUUUAUUUGAGAUUUACUGUCCUCGCGACGGUCGUUUGGAGACGUGUUCCUGCAGAUCGAUUUUGGUAUCUUCCAUAAGUUGAAGACAACUAUAAUUAUUAUUAAUAAUGCUUAACGGCCCAUCAACACAGGAUAGGUAAUUAGGGCCAACAAAUGGUCGACAAAAACAAAUGCAAGGGGUCACUUCCACGAUGUCUCAUUUAAUGUGCUCGCUCUAUUAAUGAGAGUUAUACACAAGGGCGACUGUUGAUUCGUGUACCUUUUAACCACGGGGCACACAACAGUCACUGCUUUUAUUGCCUUUCAUACAGUAAAACGUUACAAAUUCUCAGCGCUGAUUGAUGCAUAUUUUUUUAAUUUUCUAACAAGUUAUGUUUAUCUUUCAAAAACGUCAUGUACACAUGUACUAGUAAGUCACUUAUUGUAUUUUAUGUUGAAAAAUGUAGUUGUUGCAUAUUGUGACAUUUUAAGCAAAAAAUCAGUACCUAGCUGAAAUGCAACGGCAGUUAGAAAUUGUUGCGUUAUUAAAAUAUUUAUGUCGCAAUUGUGACCGCAGCGGGUCCUGACAGUCUACCUUAACUGUUCUGUUAAUUUACGAUAUCGAAAUAAGUACUGUAAUAGGUUCUCAUAUACAAUUUCCGUUUUGGUUACAUGGUUUGGUUUGAUUUAAUUUAGUUUAACGUCCUAUUAGGAGCUUGGGUCAUUUAAGGAUGCAGGAGACAGGGUAUGUCGGUGGUUACAUGGCAAACAGAGUGAAGGUGUACUGAUGGUUAAUGUCAUAACGUCAAUUGUGUAAUAAACCAUAAUUACGGUUAUUAACGGAAACACAAAAUUCCGGAAUCGAGGAUGGUUAUCCCCCCUCGGGCAAUAGCCAUCUGUUUCCGGUUGUGCAGACAUGAUCACAAUUGAAUCAACGCAUCAAGAUUGUCGCAGCACAUUAAGUAUUUGAAAACGCUUUUAAAGUAAAAUAUUCAUAAACCCACCCAUCCCCAACCUGGAACAAUGACAAUCAACUGUUUCCGUAAGAAAAAGGGUAUUCGUGCUACAUAUUUCGCAGAUAAGUUAUUUUAAGCAGGUUUCAAGUUAUUUGAUGUAGCUGGCAAGUAUUAUCUUAUACCUCAAUUAUUGAACUUUUAUCAUAAUUUACGGGAGAGCUGUUUUCCAGAAUCCUGUAGGAUAUAAUUUAGUGCUAGGUUUCUAUUUGACAGUAUUAUGGACAUUUCAUUUACUGUGAUUUAUAUAUGAACAUUGAUCUGUGUUAUUGUAAAUUGAAUACAUGUGUAGCUUGAUAUUUGAUAGCUGAUUUUGAAUUUGCUUGAUAAUUAACAGGGAGCUGAUACCCAGAAACUGUUAAUUAUUGAUUAACGGGAAGUUGGUCACCCUAAAAAUGUUAAUCUAUUGAUUCGCACAAUAAGCAAUGGUUUGUUGAUUGUGGUCUGUCAAAAUACACCCAUAUUGGCUUAUUGGGUCGACGGCCGUUUAGAAAGUUGUGACCAAUACAUCCAAUCAAACUUA